AUGAGAUUCAACUCCUCGCAUCCUUUUUCCUCUUCUCUCCCGUGGAACACCGCAGUUCGUAACACUAUCAUCCUUACACUUCUCUUUCUCUCUCUCUCUCUCCCCCUUUCUCCAACCAUCGUCUUCGUGGCAUCUGUUUGCCCGGCACCUGCCCAUACAGCAGACACGGCAGCCAUUUCGGAGCUCCGAGGGUUCCACGACUUUCUGAUGUUCAUGAUAUACAGUGUACACACGUGCGCCGUCCCGGUCGGGUAUGUAGUCGCAAAGGAUGCCACCCUCUGGCUGCGGGUUCCCGGAGAUUCUUCAGCACCUGGCACGAACCAAGGAGCAGCCUGUGGAUACCUGCUACUACCGGUGGGGGCCUGUUGUGGCGAGGACUGCUGUCAUCUUGCCCGUGCAGUGGGGUCCAAAGCUGCAGGAUCAGGACUGCAGACACAUGCUGCGGGAGUGGCAUCCCAUCUGCAAGGCUCACUAUGGCCCGAGCAUAGAGAGCUCGAUGACCACACGUUCUGGUUCUUGUUUUUCGAUUCUGCGCUUGCGUGGCAGGGACUCGAAGCAGCGGAAAAGGAAAUUGGCAGGCAGCAGUUCGCCAUCAGCACCCCUACCGCUUCCGAGGAGAAUUUUGCUACUGCGACCAUCCACGGCAGCCAAGCUGGGACAAAUGAAAUAGCUGAGUUCCACCCGCCGAGAUAUCCAGCAAAGCUGUGCAGAGCGCUUCCAGCUUCGACUUCGACCACCUCCAACCCUUCCACAGCAACUUCGACCACUAAGCCUCACGCCCACCUCCAAUGCCAUGAGCCAUUCGAAGGAUGA